UGACCUGUUGCUGCAUUAUGGGAUAUACGCGUUAGUAUCGAGUUUCCAUCGGGGCCAUUUAUCCUGUUGUUGCGAUUUAUAUUUUUACUGUUUUCGAAAAAUCUGAUGUUCCAAAACCGGUGAUAGGAUGGACGAAGAUACAUUCAAAGCUCCGAGGGUCAAGAAGUCAAAGCGCGAGUCACAGCAUUGGUAUGGUUCCCCUAGUCCCAAAAGACACAGAACCAAAGAGGAUUUCUUCACAUUUUGCAAUAUAGUCCUAGCUUACACACAGUAUGAGUCAUACAAACAAGAGGAGCUGCGAGCAGCUCACAAUACCAGUCCAUUAGACAGUGGGGGCAGCACUGCUGACAGCUACACCUCAGAAUCCACCUCAAGUUCCUUCAGUAUGUUAGGAGGACAGGACCCAGACAGACUAGUGGCUAUGGAUGACGAGGAUCAGGACUUAAUCACAUGUUUUUGCAUGAAACCUUACGCUGGCCGACCAAUGAUAGAGUGUUCAGAGUGUAACACGUGGAUUCAUCUGUCCUGUGCUAAAAUUCGCAAGAGUAACAUCCCUGAUGACUUUGUAUGUCAGCAGUGUAAAGACUCCAAGAUGACAAAGAGGAAAUCAAAACGAGCACGGAGUGAGAAAAAGUAUUUGAGUGAAUAGGUGCAGUUUUCUGGUUGUGUCCUUGGAAUGCAAGGAGAGUAAACAAUGUCACUUCCAUAUGCUUAUUCACAAGAAGCUUUUUGUACAUAAAAUGUAUAUAAUAUAUAUUUUGAAUUACACAAGUUCAGAUCACAUUGGUGACCAAGCACACUUUGGGUGAAUAGCCAGUAUAGAGCUUUCCCCCAUUCAUAGAGAGGUUACCCAGUGCUGAGGAAGGCACUGUUGACAGUCCUGUAUAAAAGUAGACACAAUUUGUGUUUGGUGUACCAGUUUUGUUCAACAAACAGUUCAACUGCAAGCAGAAGCUGCUGUGUAGAAUGUGUGUAAGUAAUCUUGGAUUUACUUGCCGUAUUGAAGUAGGGGACCGGUGAAGCAGAUCACAUGUUCAAUUGAAAGAUUUGACCUGCUAUGCAAGUUGGUGUUCCCACCAUUCAAGGAGCAAGAUGCCAUGGUGCUGAUUGACUUUGCCAUGAAUUCAAAGUAAUUUUCAGGGAUAGAAUUAUCUCGUUUUUUUUUUGUUUUUUUUUCUUUGAAAAUGCCUUUGGUAUAAAUCCAUAUGACAUUUUUUUUAAUUUUCAUUUUGAUAAAUACCUUUGAUAACUGUGUGAGAAAUGGGAGGCAUAACUUACCUGAUACAUUUUACCACAUAAACCUGGCCUUAUAUUUGUUGUUUAAACCUAGAUCUUUUCAACAAAAUAUGUACAUACAUGACAUACGUUCACAAUUAAUGGUUACCCUAUUCUCUGAUUCACAUCUUGUAGUCCCAUGUAGAAAUAUCAGUGGUAUUAAAUAGUCAUGUGGGAUACUGUUUUAAGGCUGAAUGUUGUUUAUUAAGUUAUUUGACACCAAGUUCUUUGACUGCCAUAUACAUUGUGACAGUUAGCAUGGUUAGGGAUCUGUUUUAUUCUUUUUAUAGUGUUUAAAUUUUUACUGGUGCAUUUGAUGAGGUGAAAGUAUUAACUUGCCUGGGAGCCAUUUAGUGUUACAGUAAGACCCACCAUCGUGAUAAGGGGCCUAAGGGAAAAAUUAUUCAUUUUAAAGGGUGACACAUGAAGAAAGGGCAUGCAUUUAAGAUGUGAUAGGGAAACUGUCCUUUCGAGGUCAGCUGUCACAGCCUUAAACCGUGUUUUUUUUAUCCGCACAAAGUAAUGGCAAGUGUUAAUUAUGGUGAUUUGUUGCAGCUUGUAGCUGUUGUUUUUGAUCGGUGCAGGGUUAAGAUCCGAUGUGCUCAGAAAUCAAUACAGAGACUUGUUGCAUGAACGUCAGCCUGGAGCUGAACAAGCUAGCUGGUUUGUACUAUAAGUAGUAUCAUUCUUGUUUUAGGGCAGAUGUAACUGUUGUAAGGAUUCUACAGAUUUUAUACAGAUCUCGAUGAAUUUGGAUUAUUGAUGUGUAUUGUUUAUAAUCCAAAUUUGCAAUUACUAUUGAAUUGUGUGACUGCUGAGUCCCCAAAUGAAUCAAAUCAGUCAUCAGAUGUCUCUGCAUUGUUGUGAUACAGUAAUUAUGGUCUUGAACCUGGAUAUAAAAAUCACUUAAUUUAAUGUAAUGGUCAGCAAAAUCAAAUGACUAAAUUUUUAAAAAUAAUUAUUGAGAAAGAUCAAAUAUUAUAUAUGGGAGAUUUUUAAAGGUCAAAAUUGAAUACAUUAGACUGCAUUUGUGCAAUCCCUAUCACUAAUAAUUUUAGUGCAGUACACAAACAUUCCGAAGGGAUGCUUGCAGCACAAAAUGAAUCUUACUGGUUGUAAUUAAGCUUCCCUUUGUCGAACUUUGGACUCUGAAGGAAGUUUUUUCCUACAUUUGUAUUAAGUAUAAAUAUAUUUGUUCCUAAGCCAUUGUAUAAGCAAGCACCUUGCCAGUGGCUGAAUGUAGUUGACUGUAUAAGACGCCGUGGCAAUGCAGUGGGGUGACUGUUAAGAAUUCCUUUUGAUCUCAAAGGCACCAAGUAAAUACACUGCCAUAAAUACCAUAGUCAGUACCUGUAAAGUAUUUUUUGUCAUUUUUUAAUACACGUAAAUACUGUUAUCAGUCACCAAUUGGUUUGUGUUCCUUGACAGGUGCAUUAAAAAGGUAUCUCAGUUUUUAAAACUUUUGGUUUCUGGAAUAUGAAAUGAGAUAACUGACGACAGCAGUGAUCUAUUUUAAAACAAGACCACAAAACUGCUCAUUUAAUGACAUUUUUGAUGAAUAUGAAUUUGAGAUUUUUCCUUUUACUCAACAUUAAAUUUCAGCAAUAUAUAUUAAAACAAUACAGAUGAAACUUGGACUGAAGACGUUUUCUUUUCAUCUCUGGCUGGAUCAGAGUUAACAGUGGUGAAAAAGUUGAUUUAUCAUUAAAAAUAUUUGAUUAAUUGCCUAUCCGCAAAUGAAGGAUCUGUUGGAUUCAAAGUACAGCUCUCCUAGCAGUGUAAUCUCUGGAUUUUUCAUGCAUUAAUGGUGACCCUUUGUACUUUGGGUUAAUCUGUUCAGGAGUAACCUGUAGAUGACUUUUCCUCUUGACAAUUUCAAGGGAAAACCAAAUGUGUACAUUUUUAAAAAUCAUGCAGUGAAAUGCUGCAGUACACCUGUAAAAAUGUUUUGUAAGAUAAAUAAAUGAA